AAGCUCAGCUCAACAGGAAAUAAAACUGUGUUGUUAUGGUAACCAACAACCAGUGACUUCAUCAGCAGUAGCAUCUUUAUAGCUUCCUGUAAUUUGCGUAAACUCUGUGAUGUCAUCAGCUUUGACCGUUUUUUUUGUUGUUUUUUUCCCCAAAAUUCAGACAGUGUUGAAGAGCUCAUUUACAAUAAACACUUGAAACGAUGUUCCUGAUUCAAACAGGAUUUUAAUUUCUUUGGAACUUGAAUUCAAUCUGCAGGAACAACUUCUAAGAUAAGCUGAACUUAAUAUCAUCCAUCUAUUUACUUCCGCGUAUCCAAUUCAGGAUUGCGUGAAGCCUAUCCCAGCUGUUAUAGAGUAAAAGUCGGGGUAGACAUCGGGCAGGAUGCCAGUCUGUCACAGGGAUAACACACACAGAUAUUCCAAUAUUCACACCUAUAUGGGCAAUUUAGAUUCCCUAACUACAUGUGUUUGGACUGUUGGAGGAAGCGGAGUACCAGGAAAGAACACAAACACAGAGAGAACAUGCAGAAAGUCCUUGUCUGAGUGUUGGAUUCGAACCCAUGACCAUCUUGCUGUGAAGCAACAGUGCUAACCUCCUGCCCAUUUAUAUAUCACUUAUGAAUCAAAUAAUAAUCAUUUGGUUUAUUUCUAUAUGAUAAAAAAAUAAUUGGGGAUUGAUUUCACAAUCCGAUACAAAAAUAGAUUUAUCUCUUAAAUUUUUCAUUUGCAGACCUCAAGGACCUUUGAUGCUGAAACUGCCUCAUUGUUUUAGUGUUAUUUAGCUCUGCAGUCAAAGGUGUUUAGUUUAGUCUGAGGUAAACUAAAGAAAUGAUGAAUUAUCUGCGGUGUGGACAUUCAUCAGUCUCUCGCGACAAAGUCUAUAAAUGCUAACACCACUGCACCAGGGGUUCAUCCUAAUACGGAGCUCAUGUUCUGGAAGGGUUUGUGUGUCUGUAAUUAACAUCACAGACUCAAGGGGGUGCUAGUGUGACUAAGCACAAGCCUGCGCACCAAACUGCUUUUUCCCCCCUCUCUCUCUUUUUGCCUUGCAACGUGUGAAACUCAUAACUUCACGACAUAUCCAAGACUUUCAUUGGGAAAGGGUGGCUGGGGCUCCACAGCGAACUUCCUGCACAUGCUUUUGAGCAUGGUGCCUGCAACAACACGGUCAUUAAAAUGUACUCCAGCAGUAGUCUCAAGGAGCCAAAUAAACAAGCAGAGUGACUCCAUUCUUCCACAAUUCCCUGGGCCCUGGGUGGUUAUCAGAUGCCACUGAGUGGUGCUCGUGUCUUAUUGGUCAUCCAGAAACAGGAAGUGGGCCAUCAGAGUCCCAUGAGGCUGGGUGUUAAUCUGGAGAGGACAGACAGAAUGAUUUAUAAACACACAGGCUCUUCUAUGCCUUCUUCAUCCCUCUUUCCCUCAUCUCUCCUACAAUCUUUCCCUUUCUCUUCACUCCUUUUUCCUCCUCAGAAUGUUUCUUUAGUUGAAUCACCACAUUUUUCUGAAGCAACAUCAUUACAUAGUUACUCACAUACACUACUCUAACACAAACAACUCCCUCUCAGGCACAGCUCAAACACAAACAGAGCAGGCCAGUCAGUGCAUGCGUUCACCUCGAUCAAUCGAUUUGAGGAUUAAUCAUACCUCCUAAUCUCCAUUUGGCUUCACUCUGGUUUACUUUACUUAGGUUAACUGCUGGGGAUUACAAUAAGGCAUUAUAAGGAAGAGACACAGCACUCAAAGCAUCCUGAAUAGAAAUCUUUGGUUGGUCUACCAUGAUGUCAUGCAGUCUUAUUCUGAAGCCUCGUGAUGAGUGUUUAUGACGAUUGGAUGAACCAGGGGGCGAUCUGACUGUGUAGUCUAUCUUCCUUUCGAUAAGCUCGAUAAGCUAAAAUUUACAAAAUGGACUUCACAUCUGACACAAAGAUAGCGACUAAGCUCAUUAAUUCAUCAGAGAGGUGUUUACUGAGGUCCCAUAGAAGGUUUAAAUGUGGGCUUCAGUCUUCAGGCCUGAGAACUACACCUGUCUUUGACUCUGUCUAUUGCUGUGGUUGAAUAAAAAAAAUAAAAGAAAACCCUCAUAACUUGUUUUCCUCAUCACUUUACCUUAGCUUCAAUAGAAAGCACCAAGGGAGUAAAGAAAAGGUGUGAAGAAGGUAUAAGGCAUCUUUGGGAUACAGCAGACUCGUGUAAAUAGCAUCCACCAUCACAUUAUUAACCUGUGAGGACUUUAUUGGUGAUGACCCGUAUCCUCUCUAACCCUGUUUUUGCCUUUCUCUGAAAUAUAGGAUUAGGACUGGUAUCAUCACUGAUUGAUAAUGACUUACACCUCAAGGGGUUAAACUGAAAAUGCAACUUAAGCAAACUGAACUUUUUUUAAACCUAGGGCAGAUUUUCCUUAUCCAUAACUUGAACUGGCAUGGCGUUAAUUCAGAGGCAUCAAACCAAUCUCUGAGUAGGUUUCAGGUGUUUUAAUAGGCUCAAACGCACCUCAGCUGAGUGGAAACCUGUAUUAUUGUUUUUCUUGCAUAGUGUGUUCAGUUAUACAGUUUAAACAGACACUGGAAUAGUUUUUAGGGGUCUAAUAGUCUAUAGGGACAUACCCAAAACAAUGGAAGGAGCUCCAGUGGUCCCUGAGUGAGCACAUUAACUGGUGAGAUAUUGUGUACUGCUAUUCUUAUUUUGAUUAAAUAACAGUGAUUAAAUUGUUGCUUUUAAAGAUGAAUAAAGAAGAUAUAUAUUUAACACACACAUAUGUUUAAGGUGUGUGUGUGUGUGUGUGUGUGUGUGUGUCACAACUGUGUUUUGACACAAACACACUAGUAACACAAACUCUCUUCAAUUUUGGAUUUUGGGCAAGGGAGACAGAUAAUUAUGGGCUGGAACAGUUUCCCACGACAACAGAAAAGCGCAAGAGAAAUUUAAACAUUUAUUUGUUCUACACCAAACGGAUGCUUUUCUAGUAGUUUUAAGUGAACAGAUCUAAUAUAUACUGCAAACUGAUUGAACUUUUCAGUCUUUUAUAAGACUGGACUUUUAAAAAUGUACCUGCCUGUAGUCUAUCCUUCAAGCUAUGGUUGGCGAACAUAUUAGUAUUUACUUAAUCACAUAGUAUUAUAAUUAUUUCAGAGUGGGGAAUGGGGGGAUGGUACCAACUAACAGUUUUCCCUCCAUUUCUAUAUUUGAGCUAAGCUAAACUUAGCUAAGUAAAUAAACUGUGGAAUCAGAGCACUUGCUAAAUUAUCUGUUUCAUUUUUCCUUCCUCAAACACACAGUUUAGUUAUAAACGGUCUUAUAACCACGGCUUCUUUUUAACCAUCACUGUGAUAGGGAAGUGGACAAAAGAUAAAAAAAGCUCAGAGGAAGACUAGGUAAAGAAGUGCAGUAAAUGGCCUCUGGGAUGGAUUAAAUCCGGGCCUCUGCUUUAGCUUAAUGACAUAUAGAUUGCCUAAACCAGUGUUACUAUGGCCUCUUGAAUAUGCUACAUUUGAGUCUUUGGGCCCAUAACCUUAGAUUUAGCUUGCACAUCCCGUUAGCUUGGAUCCUCACAGUUUUAAAUUGGUUUAUUUGUCAUAGUAGCUUAGAUUUAGCUUCUUUCUUUUUUUCUUUUUAAUAACCGUAUGGUUAGCUUUUAGGUCUUAUUAAAGUUAGCUUAGCUUAUCUUAAUAGCUUAGAAUUAGCUUCUUGGUUCCAUUUGGUUAAAAUUAUAGAGUGCUUGUUAGAUAAAAGUUGACAUCUUUUGUUUUUUUAUUAGAUUUUUCUCUAAAUCUUAAAGUUGCUUUUAUAUAAGUUAGCUUGAUUCAGUUUUUAUUUUUAUUUAGCUUAUAUUUUAAACCGUUAGUUUAGCACCUAGAUCCUGAUGCACACAAGACAUUUAUAUUUAGGUAUGCAGCCCACAGGUUCUAGUGAGGCAAUAGCCAUGUAGUGUGUGGUACAGUCAGUUUUGCUAUCUUGAUAAAACUAUGUGCUGUAUUACUGAUCCAAACUAUAUUUAAAAUACGAUUUUAAAUAUGAUUUCAAGCUCAUGUCCGCUUUAUAUUCUAUCUUUGUAUGAAUAACUACUCGUGAGGAGCUGAAUUAGGAUGCCAUGCUCCCUAAAGUCCACUACUUUCUGAUUGACUGACCUUUUUAUACGUAUGGAAUGGCUUAUUACUGAACAUAUGAAUCUGAAGCACUGGUGAAAUAUACAGAUAUCACUGAAGAUUUCCAUAAUACAAGUAGCUUCUCUCAUGCACACAGCUCUGCAGCAUUAGGACAGAAAGGUGAGUUAAUUUUUCUAGAACAGAGCUGCAGGUCAGACCAUCCUCGGCACCUGAUUCAGACACUGCAAAGGGAGAGGAUUUCCUCGCCGCCUCAUCGUCCCUUUCUCUCUGUGAUCUCAGAUACAUCUAAUGCCAUUCCGAUGACACAUGACUCCCAGGAAACCCAGCUGUAGGCAUCUGCUACUGAAGUGGGAGGAGCUACACUUUCACCUUUUGGUUAAACCUGCAGCAGCUUAUACUCAUCUUUUAGAUAUGAAAGCUAAAUCAAGAAUAUACAGAAUGACAUCAGGGAUCCGAAACAAACACGUAUUUGCAAUAGUGCAGGGAAGGUCACCUUCCUAGGUCAUCAAUAAUCCGUCAAAUGUCUAUAAAGAAGUCUCACUGGUCUUAAAAGUAAUUACUGCUACAACUACUGUUAACACUUGUUAUUUAGCAUUUAAAUCCCAAGGAUAAAACAAAAUGCCAGGUUUUUGUACGGUAAUUAUAUUAUCCUUGAAAUAUUAUCCUCCUGAGAAAAUUAACAAACUCAGCAUAAUUCCCCAGAAGGGAGACAGAAACUGGCAACCUCCAUUUUUAUCCUCGUGAAGUAACUCACCAAGCUCCAUCACCAUCAGGAGCAAAGAGUUAGUGGAUGUGACAGUGUAACAAUGCAAGAAAUGCAUAAAUAUAGCAUUACAAAAACAAAUAUGUGCAUUUUCUUUUACUGCAGUAACAUUAUGAAUAUUUCAUUCCUUUUAAGAGAUUAUGACUGGACCGGAAACGCCAACAUAUGUCUGCAUACGUCAGAGUUAUUUCUGUUUUACCUCACCCAGUUUGGAUUGGUGAAGUAUUUGUUAAUGUUUCAGCUUGCAAGGCUGAAACAUUAACAAACCUGUUGUGUGAUAACAUGCUUAACGGGAAAAAAAAAGCCUUUUACGUUUUUAACUUUCCCUAACCUCCAAUUGGUGAUCCUUAACCUUUUUCAGUACGUCACCAGUCCUUCUGAAAGUGGUCCCCCGAGCAGUCAACAAUAAUCGGUUUAUUGUUCACAUUAGGACCACAUGCAGCAUCAUGAGACAUCUUUCUCCCUGCGGCUUCAAAAUCCGUUUCUCAGCAAUUGACUGUUUUCAAUAAUUCUCUCUUUUUCUGUUUAUGUCUCCUCGCCUUUCUUUAUCCUCUUCCUCACUGUUCUGCUCCUCUUCCCUUCCUCUCUCACCUUUGGACUUGUUAUUGUUUAUUUCUCAGUCCCAGACUUGCUCCUAAUUUUAUUAUCCUUUAUUUCCUGCCUUUGACUCUGCCAAAACUCCCUACUUAUCUGGCUCACUAGCCCUCUUUCUCCUAUCAGUUCGUUUUCAUACCUACUGCCUCCACCCUGAUGGUCUAACCAAACUUUAUCUCUCUCCAUCCUCCCUCCCAUUUUGCUACUCGUUCCAUCUCGCCGUUUCUCAGCCUUCCUCUCCCUUUUCCUCCCUCCCUUCUCUCUCUUUCUCUGUCUCUGUCUCUUCUCAGAUUCUCAGUGUCUCUCUAUUCACACCACAUCAACAGCUACUGUCCAGACCGAGCUUUGCCAGGGAUGUUUAUUUCAUGCUUUUAUCAUACGGCAGCCUAAUGACGCAUAAUUGCUUCAUUUGCUUAACGAGCUGGGAGCCGGGGGCCGACACAGCCGGACUCGACCUGAUCUGCCAUCAUCAAACUGAAAGUUGAGCGAAGAGGCAGAUCUGAGAGUGGGACAGACAGGCGAUAGAGACAGUAGAUGCAAGACUUUUUGCAGGAGUUUAGAUGGAAAACAGGAGCAAAAAAACCUCCAAAACAGAGUCGUUGGAUAGAUUUAUGUUGCAGCUUUUUUAAACACGCAGAUUACACUGAAAAAAUUUAUUUUUGUUAGUUAUGAAUAGAAGCAAGGUAGAAUGGAGGUAAAAGGUGGAAAAAGCUAAAAAGUACUUUAGAAGUUAAAGAAAAGUAUGUCAGGAGAGGACAACCAAUAGUUGGAGUAAUGAAUUAAAGUUCAGUAAAGUAGAUUUUAGUUGAGAGUAGAUUUCUGUACGGGAUAUGGCAUUUUGCCAGUCUUGCAAAGCAUGUAGUUGAAGUUGAGUGGAGUUAAGUAGAAAUUGGUUUUUAGAAAGACGUUUUUUAGAAGGGAACACAUCAAAGAGUUCCAAGGAGCAAAGGAUAAACUGUCUGGAAAUGGAUCUUCUCGGGACUUUCUAAAAGAAAAAGAACCUCGGGAAGUUUUAAGGAGAAAGCAAUAGAGAAGAAACUAGAAUAACCUGGACUGUAAGUCGAAGCCAUGGAGCUGCUGGAGGCAUUCUAUCGAAGGAAGCUCAGGAAGAAGCAGAAGAAAACGGAGCUGGGCCGGUCAGACGGGGCCCUGUGUCGGUCACCGUCGGAGGCCAGCGUCAACAGCCUGGCGACCGGCCUCAUCUCCAAAGUCCUCAGAUUCACCUCCAGACGCACUGAGCCGGCAUCUCGUCCUCAUUCAUGGCAUUCAUCGAAGCUCGAUGAAGGCCAGCAGGAGCUGGACCCGGGAGCAAUGGACAGCAUGAGCAGCACGUGGCACCACAACUACCACGCCAGUGUCUCGACCAAUGAUCUGUCCGGCGGAUUCGACUCUGGCUACCUGAGGAAGAGUCCGGACCAGUACAGCUCCAGGGGCAGCAUGGAUAGUCUGGACCAUCCCCAGUCCUCCCAGCUUCACUCUGGAGCUCAGCACCAGCACUCACUGGCCCACCACAGACUCAGUGGACCCCACCCGGCCUACUCCUCCUGCCACCAGCUGUCCUCAGCCAGGUCGUCCAACAGCAUUGAACACUUGCACAGCAAGAGAGACUCUGCCUAUUACUCUUUCUCCACUAGCUCCAGCAUCCAAGAAUACCACGCCUCCACCCCCUCAAUCAGCACAGAGCGCUCCAGUUCACUGGACACUGUCCCUCAGAGAGCAGGGGGAAGUGGCGAGACGCACCAGGCUGACAUGCGUUACGCCCCGUCAGUUUACGACACCCAGCAGGGCAUCUUUCAGGAGCGCGAGCUGAGCUCCAACUCUGCCGUGUUCUUACGUAACAGUGACUCCAGAAGCGGGGGCGGAGCCAGGUCAGGGAUAGGUCGAGAUCUGGAAGGUUCAGUUAGCGGGGUCUGUUACCGUGGCAGCAGCAGCAGCAGCGGUGGUGCACCGGCAUCAAACAGACACAGUGUAGGACCAAUAUGGGCCCCGGCAGCCAACCGCAGCUCCUAUGAGAACCUGAAGGGGGCGCCUGCUCCACCAAGGCGCAGUGAUAGCUAUGCCGUUAUCAGGAGCCACGAGAGACCAAAUUCCUGGUCCAGUCUGGAGCACGCCAGAUCACUACGUUCUCUGCAGAAAGGCUCCUGGCAUCACUCCAGUGGUAACGUUGCCUUAGCUAAAGGCUCGUAUGGUGCUGAGGGUCAGCUCCACACGGUGAUGGAGAAGAGUCCAGAGAGCAGCCCCACCACAAGGCCCCGUCAGGGUGGAGGCUUUCCUCAACCCCCUUCCCCUACCGGGCCUUCCUCUGGAUCUGCAGGCCCCACGCCACAGGCCAGCCGGUUUAUCCUUCCUACCAGCAUUUACCCUGUUCCCCAGCCUGAGCCACACUAUGCACAGAUGCCCAACUCCCCCAGCCCAGGCCUCUGUGGAGUCUACCCAGCCUUGGCCAAGGAGAGCAACCGGCAAACGCAACAUGAAGGAGCAACAGAGGGGCAGAGAGAUGGAAGGAUGUCAGCCACAGAAAAUGGAUACCAAACUAACACUUCAUCCUACCCCCACAGCUCUUACCCAACAGACAGGCAUCAACAGGAAGAGUCCAGCUUUGGACCCUACAACCCACGCAUCAAAACUAUUGGAGGGGGAACAGAGAGUGAGACAGUGGUCCAAAGAGCCCAGAAUCAUCAGAGCAUCCAAGAGCAGAAACAGGAUUUCCAUAUUCCCCAAAAUUACUCAGCCCCUGAAGUCAGGCGCGCAUCAUCACAGGAGAGGAGCAACCCCUACGCAGCUGUCCAGUCCUUGGGAGACCAAAACAGAUCAGUAGACCAGUCCAGCAUUCAUUCAGAGCCCAUAGCAUCUUCCAGGCUCACCCUUGGACAGGUUCCACCCAACCACUCACCUGGUCAGGCCCAGCCUCAGGCUCCACCCUCUUCUGCCUCACACCAUUCUCCCCAGCACCUCAGCGAUUCAUCCGCUCUGCACUAUCAGAACUGGGACCACAGAGAGCAGGACAAAGACAAAGAGCACCCACUGACCCGCCUGGAGCUCGCCCUUGCCGAGGUACAGCGGUGCGGCAGCCCUGAAAGCAAUGCCCCCCAAGGGCCCGCUCGCAGCCUCUCUGUUUUGGAGAAAGUCAGUCGCUUCGAACGUCAACAACGCAACGGAAAGCAGCGCAGUCACAGCACCUCACACAACAAGGCCCAUCUACGGAAUCAGAUCACAGACAAAGGCCGCAGCGCUCCUUGUGGAACAGAGGACCUCAGAAACAUGCUGGAGAGAAGCACCAAGGGCAUCAAAGUCCAAAGGACUCCGAGCUACAGAGGAGGCAGCAGUGAGCAUAUGAAACACAGAACUCCAACAGAUCCAGUUUCAGCCCUGCAGAGGAGUCGCAGCAGCUUCCAUUUAGAUGGAUCCAAGGAGGAGGACAGCAGCAAGGAUUUGCCCUGGAGACAGGAAAUCCAAGAGAUCAUGGCCCCAAUGCAGGACACAUCCACAAACAGAUCUUACAGGGACUCCUUGAAAGACGCCCAGUCUAAGGUCCUACGAUCCACCUCCUUCAGACGGAGGGACCUCACCUCAUCGGGCAGUGCCCAGCCUGCUCCAGCUCCUCCUUCUGUCUCCUCCUCUGGCAGCCAGCAGCCUCCACCCGUCCCUCCCAAAUACCACUCACUGGAGAAAAAAGGCCCCACGACCAUGCCAAAGCCACGAGGCAUUGUCAUCACGCCACAGUCACAACCUCUGGUCACUUCCGCUCACACACCCAAGGAGAGGCACUUGGUUACUCCCGAUGUUCGAGGCUCUAGCCCACCACCCCUCCCCAGCGUCCCACCCGUUGGACAGCCUCCUUCACGGCGGAUUUGUGGCCGCAAGCGUUUGACGGCAGACCAGAAGAAGCGCUCAUACUCAGAACCAGAGAACAUGAAUGAGGUUGGGAUUUCUGACCCAGAGACCAUGUCCUUAUUCCGGCGUGGAGGAGAAACCAGUGUGGCAGACCGUCGGAAGGUGUUUGAACCUGCUGCAGGUUCUGUUGGGAGUGGAGCUUCUCAGAAUGCCAUAUCAAGGCCCGACCUGCGACAAGUGCAGCAAGAAGCUCUCGCUAAGUACAUAGAGAGGAAGAGAGGCGUGAGGAAAGAUGAGGGAGGACAGAGGAGCAUCUCGAGGCCUCGCAGUGCUUAUUUUCAGCCUGAAAAUGUUAACCAUGCAGCCUCCUCCUGUUACUCAGACUCCCUCAGCCUCUCCUCCGCUUCCAGCCUGCUCUCCCUCCAAGACCAAUGUCCAGCUUCUCCUCAGGGGGAGAAGCACCCCAACUCAACUCUUCUUCCUGACCUGCGGAGCCACCAGUCUAACUUCUUCUACCCAGGCAGGGUCACCACACCGAGGCCACCAGCUCACCCACCAUCAAGCACUCCUUCUGGCUCCACUCUUGAUCAGAUCUACCAGGAUCUUGUUCCUGAAGCAGAGCUCAGGAGACACAGCCAGUCAUCCAUCAGAGAGCCGAGCCUGGGCCGUGAACAGCAAGUUGCAGAGCCUCAAGUCAACCGGGGACUGUCUAAGCAGCUCAAUGUUGCUCUGCAGAAGGCUGGGUCAGUUCACAAAACAGGGAAGUCAGCCUCAGCUGAGAAUCUCCUGGAGCGAUCCGAGGACACGCGAGCCCCCCCUCAGCACUUUCGCUCUCGUUCAUCCCCCAUCAUGGAGAGACUAAAUGAGGACUUCCUUCCAGACGAUGUCCGGAUGUUUGGCGUCUUCAUCUCGGAACAUGAACGCUGUGCUCUGGCUGCCGACAGACCUGCAAACGUCCAUGUACCAGAAGGCUUCAUCUCUCCAUCCCAGAACAGCAUGAACACCUCCCAGCCCAUAGGACCCUCUACAGGCUUCUCCCAAACACCGGUCAUUCGUAAGGAACGGCAGAGGAACAGCGAGCGCCAGCGUGCCCAAAGCACCUCCACCUUGGCAGCCUCUGUUGGCCUGCCCUACCCGUUGUCAACACCCAGGACUCAGGAAAGAGGCAGCGAUGAGUGGCAAUCAAGCGAGAGGUUGAGCCAGGCCAAUCUGGAUGGCAUCACUUUCCCUGGCAUCCAGCAAGUGAGCGUAGGCAGUGGUGAAGAAAGUAACAUUUCUGGUGUUGAAUGUGAAAAACAGAGUAGACACAGUUUGAGUGACGCCACCCUGUUACAGGACACCGCAAAGCACACUUACAGAGGCAGAGCCUCCAGUUUAGAGAUAAGAGGCGGACUUUCUGAAGAAAAUGUAAAACCAGUUUCCCCAGUGACACCAACCUCACCUAAAAGGAAGGGUAGCGGAAGCAGCACAUCCUCUCCUCUGCCGUUCUCCCAUCCGACUGUCCACCUGUCCUCACUGCGAAUCUCAGAGACCAGCCUCUUUGGCUCCGUCAGCCAACAGCAACCUCCCAAAACUUCCACAGGCACACCACUGGAGGACUAUGAUGAGGUCUUCCUCCAAAAUCCUGCACCACCUCCUUCUCCACCUUUUUCUCCUCCAGUCAGGGAGACAAACAUCACUGAGGAUUUCCCUCCUCCACCUCCUCCUGUGGAGCUGGAGCUGGAGACUAAGGAGGAGACAGUGGGAAGUUCCACUUCGGAGUUCUCCACCAUUUCCACAAGAAAGUCUUCCCCCCAGUUUUUACCAGUCAGCUCUUCUUCUGUGCCCAGUCAACUUCCUUCAAUGCAACCCUCCACCAUCACUCCAACCACCACAUCUGCCACCACAGAGGACAACCUAAGCCUUGAGUACCAGCCGCUGCCCAAAAGGGAAAAGACAUCUGAAGAGCUGAGAGUGGAGGCUCUGGCUCAGCAGUUGGUGUUGCAGGACCCCUCUCUAGCGCCCCUCUUGGACACGUGGGGAGGUAAAUCCACUAUAGAGCUAUUGGAGGAGAUCUUUCCAAACAGCAAACUGAUUGGAAAAUCACAAUGGACCCACAGAGGCAGCAGCCAAGAGGAUGACAGGACCCAGGCUGGCAUCUGCGAUCCUGCUCAGAGCACGGCGGCAGAUCACAAGAAGGAGCCCAAUCUGGAUGAAGAAGAGAAGGAUCUCAACACCAGGAAGGUGGAGCUGUGUGAAGCUCUUAGGAGCAGCGUGGUGGCUCUGAAGCGGGAGAAAGAGGCGCUGUGUGAGGAGCAGAAGCAUCACAAGGCGCUGGGGGAUAGCAUCGACACAAUGGUGCAGGACCACCUCAAAACCAACGAGAAGGACAAGUACAGCGUGUUCAUCGGUGAUCUGGAGAGGAUCGUGAACUUGCUGCUGUCUCUGUGCAGCCGGCUGUCGAGGAUUGACAGAUCUCUGCUCGCUCUGCAGAGAGACGGGCUGUCGCCAGAAGAAGCGGCUGAAGAGAGGGACUCCCUUAAUCACAAGCGCUCUCUCCUCCUUCGCCAAACCGAAGACGCUCGAGAGCUGAAGGAGAACCUGGACCGGCGGCAGCGCGUGGUCCACGCCAUCCUGUCCAGUUACCUCAGCGAACCCCAACUCCAAGACUACCGGCGCUUCGUCAGCACCAAGCCCUCCCUUCUGAUCCGCCAGCGACACCUGGACGACCUCAUACGACGGGGAGAGGAGCAGCUGACGCGAUUGGCCGAGAGCCUACCAGCAGAGCUGGCAGAGGCCAACGGCUGGCCCGCAGCAAGCCCCGUGCCCUGCUCUUCUUUGUUUCCACCACUGCUUCCACCCGCUGCAAUUAUAAGCCCUAGCCACGUGGUCAGAUCUACCACUGUGACAUCACUGUGACAUCAUGAACACGAAGGACAGGUAGCACCAUAAAAACUGAAGGAGCUUUACACGAAGGAUGCCCCAAAACAGGCUCCGCCCAUUUUGAAUUGACUAUGCAGACUUCACACAUGAAGAAAAGCCUUUAAUGUGCCUCUUUCUGUUCACGCCUGACUGCACAUUAGGCCUCUGUUCACCUCAAUGCCAGCAACUAGACAAUAUUUCUAACCACACUCUGCUGGUUGAGUGAUUUUAAGGUCAGAGGAUUACCAGGAAAGUUUAUCAUCAAAUCCUUCAAAGGACAAUUCCAGCAUGGUGGAUGAUUUUCUCCAUUUUUUUAAACACUUAGACCUCUUCUGCUUUUUUUUUUGUUAUAUAUAUCCUGCUUCAGUGAUGGAUUAAACAUGGCCAAAGUUUCACUUUCACAUAGGUUUUUCUACUCUGGGAUCUGUAUGUGUCAUAAAGACGGGAUACCCAGUGUUUCCCACACAUAUCCUUCUUACCCAUUUCUCAGUUUGUACUUCCUCACCUCUUCUUCUUGCAUUUUAGUUCCUUCCACCAGAGAACCGAAAAGAGAAAGUGAGGAAGAGACACAAAGAAAGGGGAAGAACAAAAUGAGGCACUGCUGCUUUAAAGCAUUCUCUGUUACACAUGAAAUGUGGCAUAUAGUUCCUACUGAUGUAUUUUACACAGCAAGCCUUCAUUUUCUUAUCAAAAAAAAUCCACAAAAAAGGAGUGCUGGAAGUGCAAGUAAUGAGAGGUAGAUGAAGAGACAAACAGGACUAUUUAUACACACUCAAAUGUAUAUAGUCCUGAGGCACAGGUGGGAACAGUCACACACAGGUGAAACUCAUGAGUGCAGGGCAGGCAAUCUCAAAAGUGGAAGUAAAACCACAACGAGACACACAAAGACACACAAAAGACAGACGUAGCUUCCAGGUUUAAAAAGUAAUGUCAACACACAAGUGCCUUAAAACUGCUGAGACCUGUGUAAACAUUUUCCUGAUGAGUUUAUGGGCUCAGUCACAAAAAAAAUCAAAGCUUCAAAACAUGUGACACCACGGUGGCUACAGAAAACGGGUCAUAGCCAAUUACAUAAAGAACACUGAAGCAGAAACGCAUAGAAAGAACAGGAAAAUAACACGCUGGAUUUAUGAAUGAAUGCUUCAGUGUGGAGCUUUCAGGCAUAAAACACUUGUGUAUCCUCACUCUGCUCUGACCUCCAGAUGUUUUUUAGAAACUGGGACAUUCUUCAAGAUGGUUCUGUUAGACUGAUUUCCAGGUCAGGGCAGGAGGAGAAUGCACAAAAUAGAGCAAUGAAAAACCCUGUAGACUAUGUGUACUCAGGUUAGGGUUAGUAUAGUUAAUAUACCAUCCAUGGUAUAGUUACUAGUGGACAAUCUCCUUGCUUUUCUAUUCUGAUUUCAUUCAGCUGCUUCUCUGUAAAGGGUGUUAUCCUUUGUUUAGAUGGACUUAAACUCCACCACCUGCAGUUGUUGCAAGAGAAAGAGCUAAAUCCACUUGUUACAGGCAGAGUUGCCCCAGUAUAAGACAAAUAAAGAUUAUUUUAAACUGUGAAUUAUGCAAAGCUACUCUAGUAGAGCCCAAGAAUAAAUCAUAUGGAGGUAAAUUAAAUAUUACUACACUGGAAUUGUCCUUUAACUGACUGGUGAUACUUUCAGGAGCCUCAAACAUUCAGACCUUCCUCCAUGAGGUCUUUCUAUCUGAUAGCUGGUGCACGUGAGCAGUUAUCUCCCAAAGAGAAAGCACCACCAUCUUUAAAAGAUCAUCAUCUUCUCCAUCUUUCCACAGAGCCUGCCUCACUCUCACAUCACCUUAACCUUAAUGAACACCAAAAUCAGAGGGACUACGAUCUCGUUUCACUGUUUCACUGGACAGAAAGCAAAAAAAUCCUGAAGACGAGCUGUAAUCGUCACUGUCAUGUUAAACUGUAACACAACUACUGCCACUGCUGUCUGCACAUCUGCAGCUUGUAGCACUUUGUAGCAGUCCCACUGCUGUUUGCAGCAGAAAUCACACUGACCCAUAAACACUGUCAUAUGCCUCUCAUCAAGUCUGACGCUUCAUGAGGAAAAGUUCCGAUUCCAAAGACUUUCACAGGCUGAGAUUUCUUCCAGAUUUCAUCUUGGUUCAAUUUUGGACUUUGGAGGGGGUUUUUAUGUCAGAAAUGUUGCCAGCUACAGUAGUCACCUUAAAAUCCACUGAUUUCCAACAGAUAUCAACUUAAAAAAGAAUAAUCGGAAAAAUAACCCAAAGAUAUUUAACUUUGUGAUGCUGAGAAGAAGCAAACCUUUACAGUUGAGAGGUUGUAAUGUUCUAACUUUCGGAUCAUUUAUAGAAACAUUUUCAGUUCCAGGAAACCUUUAAAUUAACAAUAUGUUUCCCACUAUGUAACAUGACAUUUUAUUUUAAUUAUCCUUCUUUCAGAACGACUUUCAGUUUCAUAGAAAACUGAGAAACAUAUUUUUAAACUCCUUUCAGUCCAGCUCUCUCAGAGAAAAGAAAGACCCACACUGUAAAACCUUUAGAUGCCAGAUUUGCCUGUGCAUCAGUUUCUUCUCUUAUCAAUCCAUUCAUUCGUUUUCUGCCACUUAUCUGAGUGCAGGCUGUGGGAGUAGCAGUCUGAGCUCUCCUCUCCCUGGCCCCCUCCUCCAGCUCUUCUAUUAGCCAAGACAUCUAAUCUCUCCAGUGCAUCCCGGGUCUGAACCAGGCCUCCUCGCAGUUGGACAUAACAUAAAACACCUCAUUUAGGUGGAGGAGGCAUCGUAGUAUGUCAUUUAACCUCAGCUCUUUCUCCCUCUCUGCCUGAUACUGAAAAUACCCGUAGCCUUACUCUGUGUCGAAUCCAACAUCCCUGUGCUGACGUUUUGACACAAAUUCAACUGGUGGCUGUUUUUUUUUUAAUUGUUAAU